GAAACAGAGAUUAAUUAUGAAGAUCAAAUAAGUAAAAUUGUUGUAGAGAAGCAGGAACUUGAAUGGCAAAAGGAAACUCUGCAGCAUCAGACAGACACGUUGCACCAACAAAACAAAGAAGCUAUGGCAGCUUUUAAAAAACAGUUACAGGCAAGGAUGUUUGCCAUGGAAGAAGAAAAGGGAAAAUAUCAGCUUGCUGUAGAAACAAAAGAAAAAGAAAUCCAUGGACUGAAAGAAGCAUUAAAAGCAUUACAGAUUUCAAAAUACACUUUACAAAAGAAACUGAAUGAAAUGGAUCAAAAAUUACAGAUGCAUUUAACAGCGAAAGAGGAACAUCAUAAGAAACUGAAUGAAGUUGAGAGGUGUUAUGCUACUAUUGCGUGUCAGUUUGGAAUUGUAAAAGGUGUUCAUGGAAAACUAGAGCAUAGUGUACAGGAAGCAAUACAGCUCAAUAAGAAACUGACAUUGGUGAAUAAAAGACAAGAGACCGAAAUAAGUAAUCUGAAGGAAGAACUGAAGAAAGUAACUACAGACUUGAUAAGGUCCAAGGUCACAUCUCAGUACAGGGUCGGAGAAGAAAACAUCAAUCUUGCAGCAAAGGAAAAACAGUUUCAAGAACUGCAACAAAAAAUCAGAAUGGAGACAGUAGUUAGUAAAAAAGUUCAAGAAGAAAACACUCACAUUAAAGAAGAAAAGCUGGAAAUUCUCAGCUCUCUACAAUGUGUGCAGGAGCUGCUUCAGCGAAUAACCCAAACGAAUGUUAGAAUGGAGAGUGAAUUAAAUGCACUGAAAGAAGAAUAUCAGACCCUUGAAAGAGAUAAUGAGCUGCAAAGGCAGAAGGCAAAGGAAAAUGAAGAAAAGUUCCUUAAUCUUCAGAAUGAGCAUGAGAAAGCACUAAGAACUUGGAAAAAAGAUGAGGAAAACAUGAGAAGAGAAAUAGAUGCUAUUAACAAUGAGCUGAAUUCCCUUAAAGGAGUUCAUAGACAUCUUGAAGCGCAUCAUCCUCCUCGGAGAAAUCAGCAUUCUGAGCAAGUGGAACAUCUGCAAAUGCAUUCAGCAGUUCAGCCCAUACCAACAAAUAGUGCUCAAGAACAUGCAAAAGACAGUGAAAUACAGGCUAUUCAGAAAGAAGAGGAAUGUAGGCAAUCUAUAAUAAGAGAAGACAGUAAUUCUGGACAUGAAGAAGAAACUGAAGUAAAAACCACAAUGGACUACUCCAUAAGCAUUGAGGAAUUACAGAUAGAACAAAAUUUACAAGUUCUUGAAAACAGUUUUAAGGAUGAAAUUAAUGUUGCUAGCCCUUAUGAAGAAAAGCAAAGGGAGGCUUCUCCCAGGAAUACCCUCGGCACAGAUACUGAUUUAAUUACUCAAGGACAGACCUCGGAAAUCCAUGUCACAGAGUGCAAAGAAGCAGAAAAUCUAGGAGCAACAUGUAGAAUGUUACUGGAUGAAAACAAUGCAAACUUAGAACAAAAGCUACAGGACAGCACUGAGCCAGUGACAGCAUGCCACACACAAACAAGAACAGUCUUUUUAGACAGUACUAAGGCUGUAGGUGCCUACAAGGAAAAUGGAAGUCAGGGGACCGACCCCGGCAAGCAAGAAUUGUGCAAUACCACAGAUGAAUCAGUUUGUACUAAGGCAGAUAAAAAAUCAAAUACCAUACAACAUGACAAAAUUGUCCUUGCACCUGAAGCACCCAAAACAGAGUCUGAAGUAGUUCUUUGCACAGAGGAGAAUGCUGUGUGUGAGCGAGGUAUGGAUAAUCAUCAAGCUAAGGAAUUAAGUUUUGGCAUCCUAUCUUAUAUUAAAGAAAAGUCUCAAACAGAAUACCAAAAAUGUAGCUUGCUGGACAGUGACAAUUAUGUAGGCAAUGGAUUACAUAAAACAGAAGAAAACUUGUUAAAUCAUCUGAGUGGUUUACAGAGAGAUAAACAUCCUUUUAAAGAGACACAUGUAGAUGCUGGAAACAGAAAUUACGAUGACAAUGCCAGAAACAUAAACAGAAAUGGUGCACUGAGGAGUACUGGUGUUCCAGCAACUGAUGCUCAAAAUCUACCAACCAUUUAUUGUGAUAAUGCAACUGGUGAUGAUCCCACAAAAGAACAGAGUGAUAAUAUGUGUCUCUCAGGUACUUUCGAUUUAUGCCUCCCAAAAAGAGAGAGAGGAAUAAAUGUGCAUGACAUGUGUAGCAAGCAGCCUGAACAAGACAGUACUGAACAAACAGAGAAUGCUACAAAUACAUGUACUUUGAAUGCUGAAGCCUUAUCUCCAGUAAAGGCUGAUGGUCUUGAAAUAAUUGCUCAUGAAAAAACCCUGACAGACAGAAUUAGUACAGAUAAACUAAUUCCAUGUAAAAAAGUUAAUGAUGAUAUUCAGGUACACUCCAUCAAAAAUGGACAUUCCCCAGAGAUUAAUAAUUCAACAAAUAACACAUUGUUAAAAGAGAAGACAGACUCACUGAAUAGUACAGUUCCAGGAAGGAAGUUUGCUGAGGGUCACCUGAAAGAAUCAUGCUCUUUACCCAUGAGAGCAUCUGGAAAUUUAGUAAACAUAAGUGGAAGGUCAUCCUUUGAUCUUUCAACCUCAGAUAAAAAAGCUGAGAAAACUCCAGUACACUUAAAUUUUUUAGACCUCAGUUCUUGUUCAAGAGUAAAUCAAGUGAGAGGUCAAGCUACAUGGACUUCAGCUUCCAAGGAACCUUCCCUUUUGAAAGAGAAAGUAGCAUGCUUAGUGGAAAACACAAAGGUUUUUUCAAAAACACACUGUCAAAAUCCCAGUGAAAAUGUUGACAGAAAAGAAACAGGGCUAGAUUCUACCAGUUUUAACAGAGCUGCCGACACUUUGAAUACCUCUAGUAUCCACCAAGACCCCCAGGGAGACCCUGGUGAAGAAUGGAAUGCUAUAGCAAAGACUUUUUAUGAUUCUUCUUUUCCCACAGAACAUGUGAAAGGAUUUACUGCUUUACAGCAUGAGCAGAAGUCUUCUCAUAUGACUGUAACUCCAUCAAGAAGUGAAAGUGCACUCAGAGAUGACAACAGAUGUUCUAUUCAUAACUCCAGUAUACAAAACCAAAUAGAAGAAAUUGAGAAAUUUCUGAAUUUGGAGGGACUUCAUUCAGCAAGAAAAAGAAAAUAUGAAGAAAGCCAGUGA